GGCACGGAGCAGCGAGUUUGGCUGGGCUGCUGGGGUUUGGUUGAAGCGGCAGCGGGUUCGGAUCGAGAUCGAGAGGCGGAGCAGGAGCGGCUCCGGAUUGAGGGAUCUGCUUCGGGUUCUCUGAAGUUUUUAAACCUUUCCUUCGCUCUGUGGUUUGCUUUCAUCUUUGAUGGUGAAAUGUCCGAGAAGGUGCACUCGACCACGGAACGGACAGUGAAAUCCGUUCCCUUCCCUCCCAGCCAUCGGUUGACAGUUAAAGAGGUCUUUGACCACGAUGGGAAGCCACGUGUGGAUGUGCUUAAGGCUCACCUUACUAAAGAGGGCCGUGUGGAGGAGGCUGCAGCAAUGCGGAUUAUAACAGAAGGGGCAUCCAUUCUCCAUCAAGAGAAGACAAUGCUGGACAUUGAAGCUCCAGUCACUGUUUGCGGUGAUAUCCAUGGUCAGUUCUUCGACCUGAUGAAGCUGUUUGAAGUUGGUGGAUCUCCAGCAUCUACUCGCUACCUCUUCCUUGGUGACUAUGUGGACAGAGGUUAUUUCAGCAUCGAAUGUGUAUUGUACCUUUGGGCCUUGAAAAUCCUGUAUCCAAAAACUUUGUUUUUACUUCGUGGAAACCAUGAAUGUCGGCAUUUGACGGAAUACUUCACUUUUAAACAAGAAUGCAAAAUAAAAUAUUCAGAACGGGUAUAUGACGCGUGCAUGGAUGCUUUUGACUGCCUCCCUUUGGCGGCUCUGAUGAAUCAGCAGUUCCUGUGUGUUCAUGGUGGUCUGUCUCCUGAGGUUAACACCUUAGAUGAUAUUAAAAAAUUAGAUAGAUUCAAAGAACCCCCAGCUUAUGGGCCCAUGUGUGAUCUAUUGUGGUCAGACCCACUAGAAGACUUUGGAAAUGAGAAGUCUCAGGAACAUUUCACUCACAACACUGUCAGAGGCUGCUCGUACUUCUAUAGUUACCCUGCUGUAUGUGACUUCCUACAACACAAUAAUUUAUUAUCAGUAAUCCGAGCACAUGAGGCACAGGAUGCUGGGUACCGAAUGUAUAGAAAGAGUCAAACAACGGGCUUUCCUUCACUAAUCACCAUCUUUUCAGCUCCCAACUACCUGGAUGUCUACAACAACAAAGCUGCGGUUUUGAAAUAUGAAAACAAUGUCAUGAACAUUCGACAGUUCAAUUGUUCCCCUCAUCCCUAUUGGCUGCCCAACUUCAUGGAUGUCUUCACUUGGUCUUUGCCAUUUGUUGGAGAGAAAGUGACUGAGAUGUUGGUGAAUGUACUGAGCAUCUGCUCUGAUGAUGAACUGAUGACCGAAGGAGACGAUGGCUUCGAUGGUGCGUCUGCUGCUGCUCGCAAAGAGGUCAUUCGGAACAAAAUCCGGGCAAUUGGCAAGAUGGCCAAGAUGUUUUCUGUUCUCCGAGAGGAGAGUGAGAGUGUUCUGACACUGAAAGGCCUGACUCCCACAGGAAUGCUUCCGAGCGGAGUGCUGGCUGGAGGCAAGCAAACCCUCCAAAAUGCGACUGUUGAAGCUAUUGAGGCUGAUGAAGCUAUCCGAGGUUUCUCUCCCCAGCAUAAGAUCAGCAGCUUUGCCGAGGCGAAAGGUCUGGACCGUAUCAACGAGAGGAUGCCCCCUCGUCGCGAUGGAAUUCCAAGUGACAGCACCCUUAACUCCAUCAACAAGGUGGUCUGCUCAGAGGCCAAUGGCACUGAGAGUGGCAAUAUUCAAUGAUCGUUUUGCUGUUUCCAGUUCGAAGGCAUGAUUGUAUGGUUGCCACCCCAUGCGGUUUGACAUUCUUGCCUCUGAUUACUGCUGCAUGCUCUGGGAGCUAGGUGUUGAUGACAGAUUACAGUAACAGAGUGAUAGGAAUUGUUUUGUGAUUGUUGACAGUUAAGUUACCUCAGAUGGAAUAUGCCUUUGCUUCUUGACAAGCAAACAGUUAAAUGCUGGUAAAAUAUUACACAUUAGAUGAAUCAAAAUGUUUUCCUUUUGCAUCAAGGAAGACUUGCAGAUCAGUUUUGAAAAGGCCUUUACUAUACUGGAUGUGGGAUCUCUCUCCAAUAGCUCAUUAAUCUUCUCGUGUCCGUUUACAAUUGCUGAACUCAGCUUUAACAUAUUAAAACAAAAAUUAAAAUUGAGGUUGUACAAACUAAUAGCUGAUUGAGAUGUGGACUAUUUAUUAACUUUUCGGUUCCUCUUUUAUGAGAGUUUCAAACAAAUUAGGCAGUCUUAAAAAAAAAUUUGUAAAGUUGCAAAAUCACGAAAAAUGCCAAAAAUUAAAUUUGGUUUUUGUACAAGUUCUGCUUACCUCAGGUUGAUUUAGUGUGUUUGGAUGCUACCAGUUUAUGUAUUUACCUAUUACUCACUUGGCAAUGGAUAGCCUUUUUCCAAAAAAAAACUGGAAAUUUAUUUAUAACUUUUACCAUUCAUUUUGCUGCUUAUUAUAUUUCAUUUGCAUUAAGUUGGUUGUGGCUUGCUGGAAUUGUAUAUUAAUGAGUGACGCAUUCAUAUUUUAAAUUUUAUUUUAACUAUAUGAAGAACAAGACAUACCAUAUAAAAUGCAGUGAAUAGCAUCUGUAGUCUGUAAAACUGUCCUCUGCAUGGUAUUUUCCCCAAUUUCUGGCUGUACUGUCCCUAUAUGGGACUGUAAUGUGCUUAGUGAUCUGAUAUAUACUGGAAAUGUAAACUUGCAUACUUUAUAUUCACUGUAUGAAAUUGCUUAAUGCCUUUUGAAUUUUUGUAAUUUAAAAAGAGAAACUUCUUGAAAUUAUUCAGAGGGGGCGUGGAAAACUGAACAUUUUUCAGUACACACAAGUGCACAUAUAGAAGAUUAGCAUGUUUAUCAAACAUUGUGAAAAUUAAACAAUUGAUAUGUGGGUACAUGUAAAACUCUAGAUGCAUGACACUGUUUUAGUCACGAUGGUGGAGUCUGACUUUCUUUUGUGCCACAAUAAAACAUUUAGUGUAUUUACACAUUUCACCGUAUAUCAGUUACGGGUUUGACGAUAUGGUUGAAAACUGGUCCAUAAUGGAUGAUCCAUUGAUUUUUUUUUGAAACAACAGUAAAUGUGCCCAAGUAAUUCACUACAACCUUGAAUGCCUUGCCUUUGUAAUUUGACCUCUGAAACGUCAGCAGUUUAAGCAUGCACUUGUAACAACAAGGAAGUAUUUUAUAUCACUAUUUCAAUAAAACAUGCAUGAACUUAA